UUGGCACGUCUGAAACCUUGGGAGGUUGGCUUGGCUUCAUAACCAUUUAGCUCUCUGAGCGGCGAUGGAGAAGUCAAGUUGGCGAUAAUGCGAUUGGAACCUCGGACAAUCGGAGCCUUCAGCGGCUCUGCGCUCUCCGCAGGAUAUUUGUUCGUCUGUCUGGGGCUCAUUGCCAUGCAAAGGGGCUGACAUCAGAGCACCUUUUGUUGCUAAAAGCUUUCUCCCGGAGAGAGAGAGAGAGAGAGGGAGAAAAAGCCCGGACUAGGAGUCAUGUGGAGUUGGGAGAGUCCAUGUCGGGGAAAAGGGCAGAGAACCGAAGUUACUCUACCGACAAGUUGAAACCUAACGCCGUAGCCGCUUCCCAGUUUCAGCUGGCAGAACCUUGGCUACGCUUCUUUGGUCCAGGCCUCUUUUGCGCUCGCCGAAAGAAGAGAAAGGGACCCCGGGUUGUCGUGGUUUUCUCCUGAACGCCGGAGCAGGGUUUUCCUCGACACCCCCGCUCCCCAGAAAGAAGGUGGUUCGCGCCUCGCUCGGCUCUGCCAUCCUGUUGCUUGGCCGCGGCAAGUAGGCAAAGUUUGUGCGGGACACGGAGGCGCUCCAAGGAGAGCUGAGCCCGAGUCCGGCGGCGUUUCCCAAAAAGGGUCCCGCGGCCUCCCACUUUCCCUUGCCCUGCCGGGAGGGAGAGCCAGGCAAGGACGCGGCGGCAUGCUGGAGAGGCUGGCCCGAAAGAUAACCGGCUAGGAAGGCUGGAGCAGCGGCCGGGCGAGAGGUUUGAGGCUGCGGGGGUCGCCCUCGGCCGGCGCCAGGUUCCCCUCUGCGGGGCUCUCGUCUUGAGCCGCACUGGCUGAGAGGCAGCGGGCGAUGGAGGAGGAAGAGGAGCAAGCCUCGGCUGCCGAGUCCCAGGAGGGCGCCAGCGGCAGCGUCCCCGAAAGUUUCUCCAGGCUCUGGACGGAUGUCAUGGGGAUCUUGGUGAGCGGCUGCUCUACCGAGACGGGAAAGGAUGGGUCACUGGGCAACAUUGAUGAUCUGGCUCAACAGUAUGCAGAUUACUAUAAUACCUGUUUUACCGAUGUAUGUGAAAGAAUGGAAGAACUGCGUAAACGAAGGGUAUCUCAAGACCUUGAUAUGGAGAAAUCUGAUGCCAGCUCCACAUCCCUACAGCUGCAAUCCCAGAUUGAAGAAUCCCUUGGCUUUAGCAGUGUAGCAUCCACACCAGAAAUAGAAAGAAAGUUCUCUCUUCAUAAAUCAAGUUCUGAAGAAAGUGCAGUUGGUAAAGUAGAUUGGAAAAAGAAGAAUAAAUACUUCUGGCAAAACUUCCGAAAGAAUCAGAAGGGACUAAUGAGGCAGUCUUCAAAAGGGGAAGAUGUUGGUUAUGUGGCAAGUGAAAUCACAAUGAGUGACGAGGAGCGGAUCCAGUUAAUGAUGAUGGUCAAGGAGAAGAUGAUUACAAUUGAGGAAGCUCUUGCAAGGCUUAAGGAAUAUGAAGCUCAACAUCGGCAAUCAGGAAACAUGGAUGCAUCUGAAUGGUCUGAUAGUCCUUAUCCGACAUUUGAUGUUUCUUCCAAUUGCAAUUCAAGAGAGCAAUCAGAUGAUGAAUCAGAAGAAUCAGUGAAGUUUAAGAGACUGCAUAAGUUGGUCAACUCGACUCGCAGAGUGAGAAAGAAAUUAAUCCGAGUGGAAGAAAUUAAAAAGCCCAGCACUGAAGGUGUGGAUGAUCACUCCUUUGACACUCCCGCAGGACCAGAUGGUAGACCGGCACUUUACUCUGGAAUUCACAAGAAACAAUUCGUUUUGGAUAAUUCCUCUGAAAAACAGCCAGAUAAUGAAAGUGAUUCACUGAUCUUAUCUCCUUCAUCCAGCAGCCUGGACACUUGGGGUACAAACAGGAAAUUGCUUAAGACCUUCAGUAAAUCUGAUAGUCGUGGCCUUAUAAAACCCCCCAAAAAAUUUGGGACAUUCUUUUCUUAUCCAGAAGAGGAUAAAAUACCCAAAGUUUGCCGUUCUUUAACGGAUGGAGAAAUGAAGAAUCUUGGCUCUCUCAGUCAUGGGGUAAGUAAAGAAAGCAUUUGCUUUUAUGACAGCAAGUGCAAGCAUCAUGUCCUGGUAUCUUUGGAGGAAAUCCAGAGUGUCAGGAAGCAGAUCCGGUUAAAAAAGGCAGAUCCUAAUUAUUCAUGUUCUAGAGCUUUUCUCUGUCAGCGUCCUGCUAGGAAAGGUGUAUCGCCUUCCAUCUGCGAUCUGCAGCUGCUUCAUCACAAACCCAAGAGGCUAGGAAGAGGUGGAAGCUGUGGCUUCUCAAACAGAAGGCUUCGAGGGUGCAAUUCAGUCAGCGAGUUCAAUAUCACAUAUGUGGUGGAAAGAAGCCUGUACAGUCACCUCAACCUAUCGCAUCUGGUGCGGCCCGUGACUGACAGAACCUUGAGCAAAAGUGAAGAACAGGAGUUGAGGCGGUGCCUACUGGAGGAAGAGGCGGCGGCAAAGAGGAAGUGGGCUUCCACAGUCGAUCGCUGUACAAAAAGGGUUCUUUUGAGAAUCCACCAAAAGUCUAGAACCUGCAGCUUUGGUGGUUUUGAUUUGGCAAAUCGCUCACUGCACAUUGGAAACAGUUCAGAUCAAAUUGGAAAGGAUGGUGAUUUUGUCUAUAAAGAAGUGAUCAAAUCCCCUUCGACUUCCCGCAUCUCCCUUGGCAAGAAGGUGAAAUCUGUAAAAGAAACCAUGAAGAAAAGAAUGUCUAAAAAAUACAGCAGCAGCAACUUGUCAGAGCAGGAACCCAAUUUGGAUGUAAGGCCAGAGUCUCUUCAGGCACCACAGCCAGAUACCGAUACUUUGGAUAAACCAAAGUUGAAAGCUGGUGGUUCAGUAGAAAGUUUGCGAAGUUCCCUCAGCGGUCAAAGCUCCAUGAGUGGGCAGACGGUAAGCACAACUGACUCUUCAACCAGCAAUAGAGAGAGCGUCAAGUCUGAGGAUGGUGAUGAUGAGGAGCUUGCGUACCGAGGGCCUUUCUGUGGUCGUGCCAGGGUUCACACUGACUUUACCCCCAGCCCUUAUGAUACGGAUUCUCUUAAACUCAAGAAGGGUGAUAUUAUUGAUAUAAUUAGCAAGCCUCCCAUGGGUACCUGGAUGGGGCUUCUGAACAAUAAAGUUGGUACUUUCAAAUUCAUCUAUGUGGAUGUGUUAAAUGAAGAGGAAGAAAAGCCCAAAAGGCCCACAAGGAGGCGCCGAAAAGGAAGAUUACAGCAACCCAAAUCUGUUGAGGAUCUCCUUGAUCGCAUCAAUUUAAAGGAGCACAUGCCAACCUUUCUGUUCAAUGGUUAUGAAGACUUAGAUACCUUCAAGCUCCUGGAGGAAGAAGAUUUGGAUGAGCUCAACAUUCGAGAUCCAGAGCACCGAGCUGUUCUCUUGACGGCAGUGGAGCUCCUGCAAGAAUAUGACAGUAAUAGUGACCAGUCGGGCUCUCAGGAGAAACUCCUUGUAGAUGGCCAAGACCUCAGUGGAUGUUCUCCCCGGGAUUCAGGCUGCUACGAAAGCAGUGAAAACCUGGAGAAUGCUAAAAUACGGCAGCCUUGUCUCCUGCCCUCAAAAUUAGCCAGUGAAUAUCAUUUUAAGGAUUUCCACAGAAACCCACUGGCGAAUUUUCCAAAUUUACCCUUAAUGAAAUCAACGGAAGCUUAUCAACAAGAAAAGAAAACCCAGUUCAGCUGUGUGCAUCCAAUUUCCAAAAACCGUCUCAAGCUGCCAGCAGCUAUGGAUCUCAAGAAGAAAGGUAGAAGUUUGCCAGUUGGUGUCUGCCGAAGCUGGGAAGUUUUAGAAAGAGCCCCAAAUAUGCCGAUGUGGCCAAGAUCCCAUUCUCUCGGAGACCUUCAUGGAAAUAUUGGCACUGGUAGUAUAAAAUCAGUGGAUACUUUACCUCUGGAUUCAUCAAAAAAAUCAACUGAGUCUGAAGGUGGUGGGCAGAUGAUAAAACUGUUGUUGGCUAAUCAAAGAAAAGAGGUUGUUGAUGCCCUUAAGGGGAAGAGAAAGGAAUUCCACUUGUCAGCAACCAUGCCUUCUACAAGAAUGUUCCCUCAGCGUUUGCCCGAGAACUGUGAUGCUCGGGCAGCUUCCCUGUCCUAUGGUAUGACCUGGACUCCUUUUGAAAGUUGUAAAAAAAGCACCCAUAAUCUUGGAAGAGCUAAUACUUCUAUCUCCAAAGAAAAUGUGGAAACUGAUCAGAAGGAUGUGAGUGAGGCAAAAAUGCUACCCAAAGCGUCUUCACAGCCACCGCCAGUCCCUGCGAAAAAAAACAGAGAACGCAUUUCUAAUGGACACUGUCAUCUCCCCUCAACUCUUUCUUGCUCAGAUGUUCCGUCUUUGCCAGCAAAAAAAGUUACCCUACAGGGUUCCUCCAGUUCCCAUGAACUGACUGCGUGCAGAACAUUUCCUGAUCAGGAACCCAAAAGUCCUUCCAGCAUAAGGCCUCCUUGGUUGUCCGACCUUCCAGAAACAGCUAGUGUCCAGCAACAUGUGUUAAAACUAGAUCCUUCUUCAGUAAGGAAAAUAUCCUGUAAUAGAGGACUGGAUCUUGAAAUGUUGAUAGAAAAUAAGCUGCAAUCUGAAGAUAUUGAUCUUACAGAGGAACCCUAUUCUGAUAAGCAUGGCCGUUGCGGGAUUCCUGAACCUUUGGUGCAAAGAUAUGCUGAAGACUUAGAUCACCCUGAAAAGGAUGUUGCUACAAACCUGGACCAAGUACGAGUGAAGCAGCUGAGAAAGCAGCACCGCAUGGCGAUUCCAAGUGGUGGCCUCACUGAAAUUUGCCGAAAACCUGUAUCACCUGGAAAUAUCUCUUCCAUAACUGAUUGGCUAGUUUCUGUUGGCCUCCCAAUGUACUCAGUCUCUCUCAGAGCUGCAGGAAUCAAUGACUUAAGUAAAGUGCCUUCUCUGUCACAAACUUCACUUCAUGAGGCUGGCAUCACUGAAGAGAGGCAUAUAAGCAAGCUUUUAGCAGCAGCGAGACUUCUGAACCCAGAGACAAUUUAACCCAUUCUGGAAUAUAGUAUUUUUUCUGUUGGAAAACUUAUCAUUUCUUUUAAAAGCAAUUUCAUCAUUAUUUUUCCCAGAAAAAGCUUUGUGAACAGGCAAAUCUGGUCCUCGAGAAGGCUGGAGUUUCAUCCCUCUUCAUAUAAAACUUUAGUAUCAGCUGUCCACAAGGAAUUGUUUUUCCUCAAAGAAAAGGCACAAGCAAUAGUUUUCGUUUGCUAAAGACUCUUAGCCUUGCUUUUGGCCAUUACAAAAAAGUUCUACAUUCUUGAAAAGUCAACACAAACAUCUUCAGUUUUUGGGGAAAGUGGGUAGCAAAUUGUAGAUCUCUAGAUACUUUGGUUCUAUUCAAAGGCUAAAGCGUAGCUAACCAUUAAGGAUUUUUAAUUCAAAUUUAUAUAAUCUACUGAGGGAAAAUGUAACCACAACAAAUGUAUUAAAGAUUAGAUCUGUUCUAAUAGAGGUUCCUUUCACAUCCUUUCCAUUUCAGCGAUUUAUAUAAAAAUAUAUUAAUAAAGCUCUACCUUCCCAAUAUAGUUUCCUAGAAGGUGGAAUUGAAGGUCAGAGUUGAGGAACAUAUAGCUUUUGAAUUUCCCCAUAAAAAGAAGAUGAGGCAUGGAUCAACAGGUGAGGGCCACAGAUUUCCAUCUGACAAUAGCUAGGCCAGAGUUCUGAAUUUUAUACCUUUUAGCUGAUCUUCAUUGCAACUUACCAAUUUUUUAAAGCUCCUUUCUUUAGAAUAAAAGUAAUUUUUAAAAGUUCUAUUUAGCAGCCAGUUUUAAUUUGCCUUAAAAUGCUUUUUGAGCAGUUUACUUACCAGCCUUCAGAUUUACAAGAUAUUUCAUUGUUGCAGUUUUAAUUUACCAAUAGCUUAUUUUAAAUAUUUCCUAUAUCUCACAACAUCUCCUUGUGUAAAGUUGCUGUUUUUUAAAUUGCAGACUUUAGUUCUCAGGCUAACAAGAUGUUUAUAGCUGUUAAUGUUUGCUGGCAUUACUAAAAGGCUGAAAGAUAUUUUGCCUUUUGUAUGUACAUAGAUAUAUAUAAAUAUGAUAAAAUGCUUUUCCAUGUUAAUUGCAGUUUUGUGUAUUGUGAUGCAUUGUCGUUCGGUUUGCUGCAGCUUUGACUUGGUAUCCUGACCAUAUCAAUGGUACAUGGGUUGUCCCGUCUGCCCCAAAGAAAACCUAACUGGCUGAAUAAGCAAAAUAUCACUCAUCAUCUAGAGAAUCAGAAAAAGAAUUCUACAUCAGUGAGAUUUUGGGGGUGGAGGGAACUCUCAAGCUAUAAUUCCUGUAAAAAUAGCUAAAUCUGUCUAUUAUUAGAUAUUGAAAUGAUUUACUAGAAUGGGUUGCUGGAGCAAACUGGUUUUGUUUUGUUUUUUCUUUGUGGUACCAUGUUCUUGUUUACUAAAACUAUUAAACUAUACAAUGUAAAAUCUCUUCCUUGUUUCUGUGAAUAUAGAUAAACUUUAUUUUUGUACAUGAUCAGGCAUAUUAUAUACCAAAUAAGUUUGACACUUCGAUUGUCCAGUAGUACCUACUAACUACUAAUUAGCUAUAAUAAUGGCUUUUCAGGAUAAGUAAUGCCCCAAUAGUUUGAAGAUGUAAUGGACUCAGUCUAAGCCUGGGUCCAUGAAGCCUGAUUUCAGAUAGUUUCUCAUCACCUCUUUGUGCCUCCCAUUGCAUUACCUCUAAAAAAGAAAUUGUUUUACAAAAAAAUGCAAUAUUCAGCUAAGAAUAUUUCUGCAAAGCAUAAUUCUGCCUUUCCAAGAACUCUUUCUCACCAGGUAUCUUUUUCCUCUUACUGUCUUUAAUGUAUCAGGUAUUUGUGGAAUUUUACUAAAAAAAAAACACCUUACCAUUCCAACCUUCACUAUUUUAUUAGUUUAUUCUGACAAGCACAAAAGUGAUUAAAGAUUUCUACUCACAAAAGGAAAAAAAGGAGUGUGGUGAACAUUUCUUCUCAUGUACAAAUUUAUUACUUUUUAAUUAAAUUAAUGGAUGACUUUAUAUGCAGAGAGAUGUGCUCCGCAUGUAGAUUGUGUGGUUAUAGACUUGUAAGAUUAGCUGGAAUUCUCAUUUAUUUGUAAUAUACUGUAGAAGUUGAUUUUUUAAAAAAAUUAUUACCGCAAACAGUUUAGUGGAAGCAGCCUGCAAGGCAGCCACAGUAAUAUGUCAGGGUAUAAACAAUGCCACUAAGAUUUCACAUUUACAGAAUUACAGAAGGACAAAAAAAAAAAAUCAAUAUUUUAUACAUCUCAAGAAGUAUAUUCAUUAGGAAGGAUAUAAAUUGUUAAACUGAGAACAGAAGUGCACAAAUCCAAUGCUGGUUCUGUUGAUAUUGCUUUAUACUUUUUAAAAAUAAUUUUAAUGUGUUGUUUAUUCCUUUGUUUCACAUACACACAAUCCUUAUGAACAGAAAUUACAUAUUAUUUAUAGUAUAACAACUAACGCAACUGCUGACCAUUUCCGUGGUAUUCAUAUUGAUUCUGAAAAAGUGUUAAAUCAUUUAGUAUUUCCAUGUUGCAGAGAAAGUCUAGAUGAUAGAGAAGAACCCCCUAGGUUGGAAGCUGUUAACAUUAAGCUAGACUCUUGUAUUGAUCUUCUACAGACAGGUAGGACCAUUUUAAUAUAAUGGAGGAUGGUUUUUAACCAGCAGUUAAUCAAAGAGGCAGCAAGACAUGCUUCACAGUCCUCCUGAGAAUUGUUCUAAUUAUAAAUUUGCCUUUGGGUGCAAGUGGUAAUGCUGUAAAUAAAGAUAUCAGAGCACAACUCCUCAUUAAUCUUAUUUAUGCAAACUGUAGUGCAGCAAUAAAGGUCAGUUCACCAAGUCAUAGCUGUACAUAUGUAUUGUAUUAUUUUUAAGCCACAUAUUUUGUCCAUACUAAACCCCUAAAUGCGAUUUAUUUGGGAAUUUUUAAAAAAAACCAAGUUAUGUAACAACUAACAAAAGUUGCACUUUCUGUAUAUUUAAAUAACUUAUUUUUCUCCCAUUUACUGUUCUUAAAUAAUGUAAGUAGAUGUAAUAUACCAGCAUCAAUAUGUUCUUGCAAUUUGCUUCCAUUGCAGAAAGUUGUGUAAAGAGAAAAAAAACGGGGGGGGAAAUCUUACAGAUGUGUAAAGAUUACCAUGCUGUUUUACAUCAAGAAAAGAAGCAACAAAAUGACUUCUGUGUGUAUGAAAACAAUUCUACAAUUAUGUACUGUUGUUCAAAGGAAAAUAAAAUUCAUGUUGAUAUAUUA